AUGUCUACCGCGGUUCCCCAACACGCAUUUCUCACUUCCGAGCCUUGGAUUGUUGAAUCCAAGCCAAUGAGAAAGACAUGCAUCUCGUGCACUAAAUAUAUCGAACGUCAGGUCGUUCGUGCAUGGAAGCGCGUCACUAGGGCCACCCGCAGGCAUCAACGCGCAUCGUUUCUUCCCAAGGAUUUCAUCCUUGUCACCUCUCGCCGUCGCAGUAUGAUGUUGGUUUGA